UGUAAGAACACACAAGGAAGUAAAAUCAUAACUAGGUCAAGACAUUUAAUCACAAGUUGGAUCUUGUCUGAGGAGGCCGCGUCUUUAAGAUGUGGUCUUACGCUCUGUCUGUUACAGAUGGCGAAGACUCUGGCGCCAUGGUAAAUAUAUCACCUGGCUGCAAUUCAUCACAGACGCGAGAUGAAGUCUAUGAAACCUACACAUUCUACAUGGACACUGUUGUAGUGGGCACCAUGGUUUACAUGGGAAUCAUACUGAAUAUGCUAGUGUUUGCAGUUCUGUGGAAGGAAAGGACAAAAUCAUCUUCAUUCCUCUAUCUCCUUGCCCUUUCAGUAACGGACACAUUUUACUUGAUACACUGUAUGCUGUUUCAAGUUUUUCGUUCCAUUUUUCCCUACACGGGAUCAUGGGAGGAAUACGCGUCUGCUUGGCCAUACAUAGAGCCGUAUGAAUUCCCAUUAGGGAUGAUGGCAUUGACUGCCUCAAAUUGGAUUGUGGCGUCUGUUGCUAUUGACCGUUUCAUUGUGGUGAGGUUUCCACUGAAGGCACGCAUCUGGUGUUCUGUCCGACGAACAAAGCUCCAGCUUCUUGUUAUAGUCAUUGUGGAUGUUGUUGUAAACUCUGUCUGGUUUUUUAGACAAUGCACUGUUGAACGCUGGGAUCACUGUACCAACUCCACCGUCCCUGUUGUUGUGCCUUACGCCAUUGGAGCAACCGAGGCAGGAAGAAUUGCACAUACUUCCAUCUUUCUUACGCUAGUUUUUGCCAUACCAAUUGUGACGAUGAUGGUCGUGAACAUUCUUCUGGUUUAUACCCUUAACAAACAACGAAAAAAAAUUCACGCCAUGACCCAUGUACUAUUUCACAGCAAGAAAUUGGGUCAAAGCGAACCAGACAGAGAUAAUUUAAACCAAAACAACUCAGAUGAUUUAAAUUCGAGUUCAGGCACUGAAGAGAAUUCAAAUUUAAGUCACAGUGACCCAAAUGGCGCAGAAUCAGGUCAGUCUGAUCAAGGCCAGAAUACUGAGACGACACCUCUACUACGGAUGUCCAGAGAUGAAACUUCAAGCGAGGAAAGUCCCAUGAUAACUGCGCGGCAAAAAUACGAACGUAAAAUUACAAUGAUGUUGAUUAUUAUAAUACUGCAGAAUUUACUGUGCCUCACACCCGUUUUUAUAGACCACAUCCUUUUCAGUAUAACAACCAUCGAUAAAAUUUCCAGGGGCCACAAGUUCUUCUCCGUCUUUGCAAACAUGCUUGUAGCAUUGAACUCUUCCAUAGACUUCUUCAUAUAUUGUUGCUUUGUUGCAUCUAUGAGGAAAAGAUUCACACAAGUUCUUUGCUCUUGGGGUAGGUUUUCAAAGAAAUAUCGCAUUUCUAGUUAUGGAACUACAAACCAUAGAUGAAAAUUUCAGAUACAACAAUUGCUUGGAAAACAAGGAGUUACCGAGAGGCAGUGUGUUACUUUAAUUAAUACUGCCACAUUCAUGUUUAGUAUGUAUUAUAUAUUAUAUAACUAUAUUAUUCCUAUAUGUCUGUUGACAUCUGGUGACAUUUAUUACACUAGUUGGCAGGUGCCCAAGGUUAUCGUGACAAUCCCAUGUAUAAAGCAACAGGCCAUCAUCCCAUAUUGACAUCAGAGACUCACAUUUCAAGUAAUAACCUCCAGUUUUCUGAAUUUAUGACAAUUUCAUCCCUUACCACGAUGCUUCAGAAGUUUCCUAAAGCCAACUUACCCACAUAUUAAUUUAAAGUUACCAGUUGUCCAAUAUCACUUUGUAUAGUACAUUAGCAUGGUUUUGAGC